ACUAAACACUAUCGAGAAAAGCUUAUAGACUGCAGCCCAAUUAAUUGAUGAAAACGCUGUCGUAUGAGCCAUAAUUCACCCACCAAACAAUUUUGAAAAACCGAUGAAAUCACUAAUCAGCUCUCAUCAUCGCCCAAGAUAAUUUUCAAGAUUGAAUUCAGAUCUUUGCAAGGGGAAAUUUUUGGCAAUAGUGAGAUUGAAGUUCGUAAUGGUUUACCACUCUAGUUUUGUUGACGAGGAAGGAGUAACGAAAGCUUGUGGCUGUCCACUACUUCCAUUGAAAACCCAUAUCAAGGGCCCUGCACCAGUUUCUGAUCAAGAAAGCACAGAUAUUGUUGAUGAAUCAAUCACCUUUUUUCGUGCCAAUGUCUUCUUCAGAAAUUUUGACAUAAAGAGCUCUGCUGAUAAAUUGCUUAUAUACUUGACAUACUACAUUAACAUUGCUUUGAAAAGGCUUGAGGGAUGCAGAACAUUGGCUGAAGGUACCAAGGCAAUUAUUAAUCUGGGUCUCGAGGAUGUUCCGGUCCCUGGAGAGCCUGGUUUCCCCUUCCCUGGUCUCUUUUCCCCUCCUAAAUCGCACAAGGAAGCAGGACCUACUGUUUUGCUCGGCUAUUCAAUGGAAAAUAUCAGUGUUUUUGGCCUGAAUGAAGUAUCAAGUUUUGAGACCUAUGUCUGUGUUGUAACAUGGAAUAGGAUUCUCUCUACUUCCUUUUCUCUGGUUCUAAACACCUCACUAAAUAACAUAUAACCCCCCCCCCCCAAAACCACCACGUUUCCUUGUUUUGCAAAUCUGGCCGGUGUAUCAAGAACUGGAACUGAAACUGUAGAGGAACCGGAAUAUUUUUAAUAUGGUAAUGUAAGAAGGUGGCUAUAUUCACCAAAAAAAGAGAAAAUGUCAAGGGAUUGUUCGGCUCAUCCUUCUCAUGCUAAAAGAUUUGAAAUUAUACUAUCAAUUUUGGGUCAAAAUUGAUUGUAAUAUAAUGUUGUUUUCUAGCAAUUAGUAGAAACUAUAUAGAGUAUAAGAUUAUGUUUUUUUGUUCAACACGUGAUUAUAACUUGCUACUUAUUGACCUGAAUUGAAUUCUAUCCGAGCUUAAGAAUGAGCUAAACCCAUUUUGACAUGUUGAAACUCGUUAUCAACCUGAUAUGUUACUGUCCAAACUCGAAUUCAACCUGCUUGUUAUAGAUACGUCUCAAAUUCAACUUGACUUGUUAUUGACUUGAUUCGAAUUCAACCCAACAUGUUACUCAUAUAAGUUCAACUCGAUCUAUUAUUGACCGGACUCGAAUUUAACUUGACUUGAAAACGAUUAGAUAUUUAUUCAACUCUACUCGAAUUCAACUUAGACGACUUUAGUCUUAUAUAAUUUCAUGCUCCCUUCUGAAGUUCCAACUUUCUUCAAUUACCUCAUAUGCAAACCGCAAAACGAUUCACAUACUGCUUUCCUUUGUAGCCUUCUUAAUGAUAUUGUAUAAAAGAAAAAGACUGAAGUUGCGUUUUAUCUUUGACACACCUCAUGAGGCUCCUGUUGUUUUUACUAAUUUCUUUCAUUGUAAACCUUCCCAAAUAAUAACUUCCAAUACAUCUCCUUAUGCUUAGGAGCUUUUCUCUUUUCCAAGACCAAAACUCAAAGUCUUCUAAUCAAUCCAUAUAGACUUACACUCUAGAUUUCCCUUUUAGUCUCGCAAUUUUGUAGGUGCACCCGAGAGCAUGAUGCUCUUUGUGCAUCUCAUCAAUAACGACGCCGUUUCAUUGUAUUUAUGCAAGAAGUUUCUAUCCCUUAAAUAAAUUAAAAAAGAAAAAGAAAAAAAACAUGAGUUAGUUCCUCAAACUUAGCGGCAGAAUCAUUACGCGUUUACGAAUUAUUGAUGUGGCAACUCAAUAAAUAUCCUCAUCUCUUCCCACAUGAUUGCAUUAAGCUUUUUUUUUAAAAAAAUUAACUACUAUUAUCGAUUAGUUGAGUAAACUUUCACAAAAUUAUUAACACUAAUAUUUCGGAGUACAUGGAUUGCAUUGACUUAGCAUUCUACCAUUUUAUAAAAUUAUAGAGAGACAACUAAUUUUGAUUUUAAAAUAUAAAAACAUAAAAAAAAAACAA